UGAAAAACCCUAGACACAACGGUUUCGUUCUGGUGGACUUUCGAGGCCAAUAAUGGAAGGAGAGCACAGCAGGGACAGGGAGGUGGCUCCGGCGCUUAUUGCAGUCGACCCCGCCGAACAGUCGGUGGCGGUGGCGGUUGGCUCGGACCUCCGAGUGUUCGACCUCCAGAGAGGCUGUCCAGCUUCUUUGGCGGAUGAUUCUGGCGAGCCUUAUCAUAAGGAUUCCAUUAGAGCAAUAUCUUAUAGUAGAAGAGGGAAGCUUUUAGUAUCUGCUGGUGAUGACAAACUAGUUAAGAUUUGGAGCACUGGUACCUGGCGCUGCAUAUGUACCGUAUUAUCAGAGAAGCGAGUGAGUGCAGUUGCCAUAACCAAUGAUGGUCUGUUUGUUUGUUUUGCUGACAAAUUUGGAGUGGUCUGGCUUGUGGACGUGGAUGGAUGUCAUGAAAAUCAAGCCUUAGCCAGUAAGAAGGCAGUGCCUAUUCUUUCCCACUACUGUAGCAUUAUUACUAGCCUGGAAUUCUCACCUGAUGGCCGAUUCAUUGUUAGUGCUGAUCGAGAUUUUAAAAUCCGUGUGACUACGUUUCCUAACAAGCCUUUAGAUGGAGCUCAUGAGAUACAGAGUUUUUGCCUCGGCCAUACUGAGUUUGUGUCAUGCCUAGCAUUUGUUUGUGCAUCAGAUUUUCUCACCGGAUUCCUUGUAUCCGGAAGUGGUGAUUCAACAGUUAGAUUGUGGGAUAUAAUAUCUGGAUCUCUUCUUGAUACCUGUGAAGUUGGGGCAGAGGUAGUGCUGGCAGGACUUGUCAAGUCCAACGGAAAGGAAGAAGAAUCGUUUCCUGCUGUUACCAAUCUAUGUGCCAUUCCUAACAGUUCAUUAGUUGCAGUGACUAUUCAAAGCCUCUCAGGAAUAGUGCUUUUGAGCUGUAAUAUUUCAGACAAAACACUUGCUCUUGGCAAGGUGAUUUCUAUCACGGGAGAGGUCUUCAUUCCAACAAGCUUAGGAAUAAGUUUCUCCGGGAAGUUAUUGUGGGUGGUCACGGGGGUCUCCAACUUACAAGGUAUUGAUUCCAAUUCUUUGACCCGUGUCAGGGCUGUAUCUGGUUUUAGUGAAACAAAUCCCGAUUCCGUCAAGCUUGAGCCAAAGGUAUUGGAAGACAAUGACAUUCCAUGUGGAGUUCAACUGCUUGAGAAGUUGCAGGGCGGUGAUUCCAUUGAAAAGGAGGUGUUCGUGGCAACUGCAGAAACUUUAAGAACAGCCAUGCGCAAUUUAUUGGUGAAAAAGCAAUACACCGCCGAGAAGCGGGAGUUCAGAAAGAGGGGCAGAAAUGAUAGAAAAAUCAAACAGUAGCAACCUUUUUCACAACUACCCCUUGUCUUCGUAAUGUUAGUGACGAGUCAUGAGUUCAGAGCAAUUUUUCUAAGGGAGAUUGCCAAAAAAAUCUAGGGCUCUUUGGUCACAAGAGUUUGAUGGUAUUGGUAUGAUUUUGCAGCUGGUGGUGGGGUGGGGGUGCUGCUAUAAUUGAUGAUUCUCCCUAUUUUAGCUGAUGCAAAUGGGUAGGCUUUUUCUACGUAAAAGACAAAGCCCAUACAAUCAUUUCCUUUCCAUUAUUGUAUUAGCUGCCUCUGCCUCUUCGCACAUCUCUAUAUUAGCAUUUCGCUAUUUCACGUCUCCGAUUGUCGUUGCGCUCUCUUUCCCUUUCUCUCUAGCUGUUGUAUUCAUCUCGAGUGAAGCGACCUGCUUCUUCCUAUCCGAUUGCUUCCCACAAUAUAAUGGGGGAGAAAAUUGAGUUAGUGUGUCGCUGAAGCUUUAUCCCGUGACGCUUGCCCUAUAAGUUGUUCAAUGAUUGGUCUCUAUCUUGCCUUUUAUAACGUUAGUGGCGUACCUCUUAUGGCUAGUUAUUAUUUAAAUUGGUGAAAUCUAUAAUCUUAUGGGUACAGUCUGCAGAUGAUAAUGGAUUAGAGAAUACGUGCAGCUUUGACAAUGUAAUACCAUCAAAUGGGGUUGUUACGGAAUACCUAAUCCAUCGCAGGAGCAGCCUCUUUAUUGUUACUUUAUUCUUGAAUUUGUAAAUGGUAUAAUUCACUCUUAACAUUGUUUGUGGCUUUGAGUUGAUUAUUGGCUAAAACAUUUUUCGUGAUUUAAA